AUGUCCUUGAAAAUCAAUUCAACUAUCGGAGUUUGUGGUGGAAAGCUUUUAAAGCUCUCACAUAAGUCACAAUGCACAGGUACUAAUAUGGAUGUUAAUUUGUAUUUGCCAAAACAAUACUACAGUUCAAAAGAAGGUUCUAAGUUGAUUCCUAGUAUUUUGUAUUUAUCUGGGUUAACUUGCACACCACAAAAUGCAUCCGAGAAGGCUUUUUGGCAGAUUCAGGCUGACAAGUAUGGUUUUGCUGUUAUAUUUCCGGAUACUUCCCCUAGAGGUGACGAUGUUGACACCGACCCAGAGGAAUCAUGGGACUUUGGCCUUGGUGCAGGAUUCUAUUUGAAUGCUACUGAAAAGCCAUACUCUACGCACUACCACAUGUACGACUACGUUCAUAAGGAACUUCCUGAAGUUUUGUCUAAAGAGUUCGGUUCCAAAGUGGACUUCUUUGACAACAUAUCCAUUACUGGACACUCCAUGGGUGGUUAUGGUGCAUUAUCUGGAUUUUUGAAGAAUAUCAAUAGAUAUAAAUCAUGUUCUGCCUUCGCUCCAAUUGUGAACCCAAGUGUCGUGCCAUGGGGUCAAAAAGCCUUCAAGGGCUAUUUGGGUGCUGAAAACAAAGAUGCCUGGGCUCAAUACGACCCAGCAGAGCUUGUUAAGAAGGUUGAAAAUACCAGUGGGAAGAAGAUUUUGAUCCAUGUUGGUAGCAAUGAUCCAUUUUUAGAAAAACAGUUGAAACCUGAAUUACUCUUGGAUGCAGCAAAAAACACUUCUUGGGAGGAAAAAAUUGAACUGAACAUUGUUGAUGGAUUCGACCAUUCUUACUACUUCAUUUCUACAUUCGUUCCUACUCAUGCGGAGUUUCAUGCUAAAUACUUAGGUUUAACUUAA